CCCAUCUCGCUGGUCUGGGCAAGCUACGGGGUGGCGACCACAUAUGUGAUGGCUGAUGCGAUUGAUAAGGGAAAGAAGGCAGCUGUUAUCCUGUCUACUGAGCCAGUCCUGCUCAUGCAUCAAAAGUCUGCUUCUGCCUCUAAACCCAGGGGCAGUUCCCACCUUUGCACAGACAAAGUCACUCUUGCACACCUCGGCUGUGCAGCUCUCUGUGCUGAGGCCCUGUCUUCCUCUCCUACUCCACCAGCAACAGGCGUCAGACUCCACAGAUUGACGUUCCUGGGCGUCUUUUGAUUCAUAGUGUCAGCUCAGGACUUGUAGUGUCCUGCAUCUCUAUUCUGUGAAAUGCACCUGCCUUUUCCUUUCAGUCCUUUCUCACUCACUUCCCUGUCUCCAGGAGAGAUGGAGGUUAGGACCAUAAGAAUUCCCCUUCAGGAAGAGACUUGUGGUCCAGCUAGUGCAGUAUCCCAUGUUCCUGACACUCUGGAAGAGACCCCAGGGCUAUCCAGUCCAGAGCCCUGUGUCUGACAUUGGCCAGUGCCAGAUGUGUCAUAACUGUGCAAUAUGCUGGGCUGGGGGAUCAUUCCUGAGCCCACCCUCUGCAAAAGCAUUUGGGUUUAGGGCAUGCCAGAAGCUGGCAACAGAUCCAGGAGCCAGAGAAGCCAGCUACAGCACCUCCAGGAGUGUUGAAGAGGAUGCUCUGAGCCCUGCUACCAUGCUGGAGACAGAGGGUCAGAGCAUGCUAGCACUGACCCGCCAUCCAAUGUUAGCCAGAGAGCAGGGAGCCAUGUGCCAUGGGAGGCCUGUCUCCCAGUGAAACAGCAGGUGGGAUCCCUGUCAAUGACUUGGCAGCUUCCUUGCUCUGCAUGGGCUGUGCUGCCCGGCAGUGCCAAGCUGAGCUUUGUGGCAUGUUCCUGAGUGUUGGUACCUGUCUGGGGAAAGCUGCUGCCAGACUGUGAUCUACACCCUGCACACACCAGGGCAGCACCUGCCCUGCUCAGGUGAGCUAAUGCACCCACCCAGACAUGUACAAACAUACACAGACCUAACAUCCCAGACCAGCACGUGUGCACAUAUGCACAGAUCUGUACACCCUGACCUGCACACAAAUGCAGAUGCAUGCACACACCCACAAACCCACACAGAGAUCUGUACACCCCCCUACCUGCACCUACAUCUGUACACAUGCAUGCACACCCCUACCUGCACACACCCUACACACACACACACGCACACACACAGAUCUGUACAUCUCCCAGCCUGCACACAUCCCUGUACACAUGUACUCAGAGACACACACAGAGUUGUACACCCCCGUACAUGCACACACCCCUGUCCAUGUGUGCUUACACGCACACACACACACACACACACCCCUGUACACCCCUGCCUGCACACACCCCUGUACACAUGUGCACAUGUGCCCACAGAGCCCAUAACAAAUGUGUUUUCUCUGCUUGCCUUCUGCUGUGGUCCAUUCCUCUCUGCACCAUUUCCCCAAACCCAUACUGGACCCUGUGUGUAACCCCCCUCCCCCACAUCAGUGGUACAUUCCUCUCGGUGCGCUCCCACACCCACUCCCUGCUGUUCUGCCCUGCUCCUCCGGUACAGUGUCCUGCUCUCCAUGCUCUCUGUGCUGCACCCAUCAGGCACGUGAACACGACGUGGGGAAGCCGACGCAGGUGGCCGUGGCUGUGGUGGAUACAUUUGUGUGGCAGGCGCUGGCCUCUGUGGCUAUCCCCGGCUUCACCAUUAACCGCAUCUGUGCUGCCUCCCUCUACUUCCUGGGCACCAUGACACACUGGCCCCUCCCCAUCCGGAAGUGGAUGACCACAGCCAUUGGCCUCUCAGCCAUUCCUGUCAUCAUCAAGCCUAUUGACAGGUCAGUGGAUUUCCUGAUGGAUUCCAGCCUCCGCAAACUCUAUGGUGCUGAAGAGAAACGUCGUCCUUCUUCGUGAGGCAGCCCCUUUACACGGCUAAAGCGGGGGGGGGGGAGGGGGGGAGGGGUGUUUGUGCAGGAGAAGGACUCUUCUCUCACCCACCCAGCUCAGCACCUCACAACUGACUACACUGUAUUUAGAGCAAUUUUCUGCUGUUAACCCAACUUACUGUGACAUGGGGGCAGGAGAGCAAGUGGGCUGGGCAGCCCUGCCCCAGCACAGGCUCACCCCUGCUUCAGAGCCAUUAGCACUAGCCCUGAAUUGCCAAGAGCUGGUUGCCCAACCCAAAUGCUGGAGGCCCAGCUGUUCUGGCAGCAUGAGAUUUCAGGGUUGUUCUUGGUCCUUUGUGGCCAGGGGGGGAGAAGAGAGGAAAAGUGCAAUUGCUGUCAAAACCCAGUGGUGCUAGGGGAUAUUAAUACAGGCUGGGGUUGGCAUAUUCUGUAGCUUAAGAUCCAGGAGAUCUGUAUUUAUGGUGGAAAAAAAACCCACACAAAAACA